UGCAGGGUUUGCUGUCCUUUCCCAAGCAGCACAAGCCUUUUGGACUCAGGGGAAAAGGAAAGGGGAGACUUCAUGACUUUCCCAACAAGGCAACCGCAAAGAUAAGCUAUCUCCAUCUCCUGCCCUCACCCUAGUCUUUCUGUGGGUGCUCACCAGAGGCCCAAGGAGAAGAACCAGCAGAGAUCUCCUGAGGGUACCUGGAGUACAGCCCUCUGUGCUGGAGAGAGGCAGCCACCAAUGCCAGCAGAGUUAGAAGGAGGAAGGUCAAGGACCGCUUCAGGAAAAUCCAGGAGGAGAUCCCAGAAUCUACAACUAUAUGCGGUUGAGCAUGAGCGUGAGGAGAGGUACCCAAGAGCACCUUGAUGCUUCAGAACAAAACCUCGACACCCAGCUCACCAGAGGUCCUAUGCAUGGGAUUGAACAAAAUCUUGAAACAAAAAGGAGCCUAAUCAUGAAAACAAAUGUGACAAAUGCUAAGUUGCUCUUGGUCCUGCUGUCUGUGGUAGCAUUGUGGAUCACUCUUACAGUUCUCCUAAACUCCACAAAGAUCUGGACCGCAAUUGAGUUGCCCAUCUCCUUCCAUCGCUGGAACGUCAUCACAAAGCCCUCAUGGUCAGAGGCACCACCGCGUCCAGUAGUUUCAGCAGCAGAGACACAGCUGAAAAUAAAGCAAAUCAUGGAGAAACUAGACCAGCUGAUCCCACCCAGACCUUUCACACACAUAAACACCACCACCAGUGCCACACACAGCACAGCCACCAUCCUCAACCCACGAGAUACAUACUGCACAGGGAACCAGCUGGACAUUCUGCUGGAGGCGAGAGACCACUUGGGACACCAGAAGGAAUAUGGUGGGGAUUUCCUGAGGGCCAGGAUGUCCUCCCCAGCCUUAAAGGCAGGCGCUUCGGGAAAGGUGACCGACUUCAACAAUGGUACCUACCUUGUCAGCUUCACUCUGUUCUGGGAGGGCCAGGUCUCCCUGUCUGUCCUGCUCAUCCACCCCAGUGAAGGGGCAUCAGCUCUCUGGAGGGCAAGGAACCAAGGCUAUGACAGGGUGAUCUUCACAGGUCAGUUUUCCAGUGGGACCACCAAGGUCAAUACUGACUGUGCGCUGGUCUUAAACUCAAGUGCUGAAUUAUGCCAAUAUCUGGAUGCUGAAGACCAAGAAGCCUUUUACUGCCUGAAGCCCCAACACAUGCCCUGUGCUGCACUUGUUCACAUGCACUCCAAGAACACGAAAGUAUCUUAUCUCAGCAAACAAGAAAGAAGUCUCUUUGAAAGGUCAAACUUGGGUGUAGAGAUUUUGAAAAACUUCAAUGCGAUUAGCGUCUCCAAAUGCAAUCAAGGAACAGUUCCAGUGAAGAAGAAAUGCAAGUUUGGAAUGACAUCUACAAUCCCCAGCGGGCAUGUCUGGAAAGAUUCCUGGAAACCCGUCUCCUGCAGUUUGGCUCCUGUAGAAAUGAAGGAGUGCCUUCGAGGAAAAUUCAUCUAUCUAAUGGGAGAUUCCACAGUCCGACAGUGGAUGGAAUACUUCAAAACCAGUAUUGACACACUGAAGCCAGUGGAUCUGCAUGAAACUGGAAAGUUGCAACACCAACUUGCUGUGGACCUGGAUAGGAAUAUCAACAUCCAGUGGCAAAAGCAUGGUUACCCAUUGAUUGGAUCAAUUAGCUACUCAGUCAAAGAGAUUGAGUACAUCGCCCGGGCCAUUGACAGAACUGGAGGAGAGAAGAAUACUAUCAUUGUUAUUUCUCUGGGUCAACAUUUCAGACCCUUCCCCAUUGACGUUUUUAUCAAAAGAGUUCUCAAUGUCCACAAGGCUGUUCAGCGUCUUCUUCUGAGAAGCCCAGACACCCUGGUUGUCAUCAAAGCAGAAAACAUCAGGGAGAUGAACAAUGAUGUGGAGAGAUUUAGUGACUUCCAUGGUUAUAUUCAGUAUCUUAUCAUAAAGGACAUUUUCCAGGACCUAAAUGUAGGCCUCAUUGAUGCCUGGGACAUAACAAUUGCAUAUGGGACACAUGAUGUCCACCCACCUCAAAAUGUAGUAGGAAAUCAGAUUAAUAUAUUAUUAAAUUAUAUUUGCUAGAUAA